AUGCAGGUCGGUUGUGAAAUGCCCGGAGGUUCCAGGCUCGGCCUUUCUCAAGGGCCCCUUCGGUUACCGACAAAGGUUCUUGAAGAUAUCAGAGAUAAUGUCGCGGCGUCUCUCAAGGAGGUUGCCGACUUGCUAUGCCCAGCGCACGAACAUCAGGUCACUGCAGCAUACCUUCCCCCGGGAGUGAAUGCGGCGUGGUAUACCCUGGCUGUCCCCUGCUGCGAGAACGAUAUCGGCUGGAAGCUUGAAAUGUAUUCCAAUUGUGUUUUGAGGACUGUCAUGCGCUGCAAGAUGGUUAAACUGAUUGAGGGUAAGUUCAUUCUCUAGUCUUCGGACAUACAACCGGGCGCACGUACUGAUCCGGGGCUUGUAAAAAUAUAGAUUCCCCGGUCGGAAAGCCCGCCAAGUUCCUUCAACCGCGCAUGAUAUGGGGGGAGGCUCUCUGCACCGAGAUGGUGGAGCUGAUCUACAAUUCGGACCCCUUGGAGAAAUGGUGGUUGGAUGAAAAGUUGAUUAAGGAUAACCAACCCGCUGACACUUGGUAAGUUUCUUAAUCACUUCAUUCCUUCUGUUCCUGGGAGUUGACGCUAGACGGAACGACAAAGCCCCGACCCUGAUGAAGAACUGUACAUGGACGAACCGGAGGUGGGAUCCGAAGAAAUCGAGAGUAACCUUGAAGGAAAUGAGACUGCGAAUCACCCUCCCGGCUCCGAUAGACUUCUCGAACGGAUCUGCGAAUGGCGUCGUAGGAUCUCUAGUGUCAUUAAGGAUAACCAACCCGCUGACACUCGGUAAGUUUCUUGAUCACUUCAUUCCUUCUGUUCCUGGGAGUUGACGCUAGACGGAACGACAAAGCCCCGACCCUGAUGAAGAACUGUACAUGGACGAACCGGAGGUGGGAUCCGAAGAAAUCGAGAGUAACCCAGAAGGAGGUGAGACUGCGAAUCACCCUCCCGGCUCCGAUAGAUGGUUCGAAAAGAUGGCCGAAUUGCGUCGUAGGAUCUCUAGUAUGGGCGACUAUGACCACUACGAGGUCUGUGAUGACUCAGAUUCAGAUACUGACCGGGAAACGGAAUCUGAGGGCGAGGAUAAUAUGGAGAUGGAGGACUAGCAUGGACUGGGCGUGCCUGGGGAUUCCACACUUGAUGAUGUUCGCUCCCCCGAUGCCUGCUAGUAGAAACCUCAUGCGGGGAGGAGACAGAAAAACAAAAAAACAGGUACAGAACUUGCUAAUCCUUCAACUAAUUAUCCUUUCUGGUUGGCUAACAUGUCCGACACCAGCCUCCAGGGUCCUCGGACACUUGUUCGCUCAUGUUUGCCCAGGGAUUGUCAACCCUCUUGCAAGGACGUGUAUUUUCAAUUGCGUUACCUCUCCGCUCUGUGCAUCUUUUAUCUUUAUCAUUUUUUUCCUGUCUGGUGGUGGAUCUUGUGAGGCGAGUCUCCUCCUUUGAUGUAAAGGUACGCAGAGAAUUCUUGCAUAACAUGACCGCU